AUACAAUCUGACUUGCAUUCUAUACAGCAAUCUUGCGGAAGUUGUUAUGCAUUUGCAUCGAUGGCAAUGUUGGAAGCUCGAGUUCGUAUUGCAACAAACAACACACAAACGCCUGUUUUCUCACCCCAAGAAGUUGUCUCAUGUUCACAAUAUGCACAAGGUUGCGAAGGGGGUUUCCCGUUCCUGAUCGCAGGAAAAUACGCUCAUGACUUUGGUGUUGUGGAAGAACAUUGUUAUCCAUAUCUUGGCAAGGACACAGAUAAAUGUUCUCCAAUGGUUUCAAACUGCCGACGUCAUUAUGUUGCUAAGUAUGAGUACGUGGGUGGUUAUUAUGGUGGGUGCACCCCGGAGAAAAUGAUGGAAGAUCUUGUUGCGUUUGGACCAAUAGCUGUGGGAAUAGAGGUAUACCCAGACUUCCAGCAGUAUAAGAGUGGCAUUUACCAUCAUGUUACUUCUGUGGAACGAAAACUGCCUGUAACCGGUUACAACCCAUUUGAACUGACCAACCAUGCUGUGCUGGUAGUGGGGUAUGGAGCAGACGAACGCACUGGUGAAAAAUACUGGAUAGUGAAAAACAGUUGGGGUGAGUCAUGGGGAGAAAAGGGUUUUGUCAGAAUCAAGCGUGGUGUUGAUGAGAUUGCCAUUUCAAGUUUGGCCCAACAGAGCUUUCCCAUACCGGAACUAAUUUAAUUUGUUUCUAUUUGUCAUUUAUAUUACAGGAUUGCGAAUUUGAAUUUUCUUAUUAGAUGUGUUACAGUAAAUUUCAAUAUGUAUCAAUUUUCUCUGAUCUGUUACAUUGUACAAUUCUUUUCUCUUUUAUUUAUUCACAAAAGUUGAUUUAUUAAUUUUUUAAGUCUCCUAACAAAACACAUAAAUAACUUAUAACUAAUUUAAGUCUGAUCCAGUUACUAUUGUGCAAUAUCAUCAUAUAUACAUUUUGAUUCAUUGGUCGUUUAGCAACUAAAUAAAACUUUCAUUUACAUGUA